AUGGCUGAUCUUGAAGCAGUAUUAGCUGAUGUCAGCUACCUUAUGGCUAUGGAGAAGAGUCGUAGUCAACCAGCGGCCCGAGCCAGCAAGAGGAUAGUACUACCAGAUCCUAGUGUUCGGAGUAUAAUGCAGAAAUAUCUGGAAAAAACUGGUGAAAUCAAAUUUGAGAAAAUAUUCAAUCAACGUUUGGGUUUCUUAUUACUAAAAGAUUUUGCUGAAAAUGUAACAGAGAAUGCUUGUCCUCAGAUUAAGUUUUAUGAGGCUAUUAAAGAAUAUGAAAAGAUGGAAACGCCAGAAGAGCGAUUGGCUAAAGCUCGCGAGAUCUAUGACCAUCACAUAAUGGUGGAAAUGCUGGCACACGCUCAUAAUUAUUCCAAAGAAUCAUUACAGCAUGUUCAAUAUCAUUUGUUGAAGGGCAGUGUUCCAGCUGAUUUGUUUCAGCGAUAUGUAGUUGAAAUCUGCGACCAAUUGAAAGGCGAUAUCUUCCAGAAAUUUCUUGAGAGUGAAAAGUUCACAAGAUUUUGUCAAUGGAAAAAUCUUGAAUUAAACAUGCAACUAACAAUGAACGACUUCUCUGUACAUAGAAUUAUCGGUCGAGGAGGCUUUGGUGAAGUUUACGGUUGUCGAAAAGCUGACACGGGCAAGAUGUAUGCAAUGAAGUGUUUGGAUAAGAAGCGUAUCAAGUUGAAACAAGGAGAGACAUUAGCAUUGAAUGAAAGAAUUAUGUUAAGUCUGGUCUCGACUGGGCAAGAUUGUCCUUUUAUCGUGUGUAUGACCUAUGCUUUCCAAACUCCUGAUAAGCUGUGCUUCAUCUUGGAUUUGAUGAAUGGAGGAGAUUUGCAUUAUCAUCUUUCCCAACAUGGUGUUUUUUCCGAACAAGAAAUGUUAUUUUAUGCUUCUGAGGUCAUCUUAGGACUUGAGCAUAUGCACAAUCGAUUUGUUGUUUAUCGCGAUCUUAAGCCAGCCAAUAUUCUGUUGGAUGAAAAUGGCCAUGUUCGUGUAUCCGAUCUUGGAUUGGCUUGUGAUUUCUCCAAGAAAAAGCCUCAUGCUAGUGUAGGAACUCAUGGUUAUAUGGCUCCUGAAGUUUUGGCCAAAGGGGUGGCUUAUGAUUCUUCAGCUGAUUGGUUUUCACUCGGCUGUAUGCUUUAUAAAUUGCUCAAAGGUCACUCGCCUUUCCGUCAACAUAAGGGAAAAGACAAAAAUGAAAUUGAUAAGUUGACUUUGACCCAGGAUAUUGAGCUGCCAAACGAAGGAUUAUCUCCGGAAUGUCGAGACUUACUUGAAGGAUUGUUGAAACGAGACGUUCCGGAACGUCUAGGCUGUCGAGGAAGAGGGCCUUCGGAAGUCAAAGAACAUGCCUUUUUCAAAGACGUUGAUUGGCAAACUGUCUAUCUAAGACGUAUGACACCUCCCCUUAUUCCUCCUCGCGGAGAAGUAAAUGCAGCCGAUGCCUUUGAUAUCGGAAACUUCGAUGAUGAUGAAGUCAAAGGAGUGAAGUUAUCGGAGGGAGACUCAGAACUAUAUAAGAACUUCAAUAUCACAAUUUCGGAGCGAUGGCAGAAUGAGAUAGCCGAAACAAUAUUCGAAGUGGUUAAUCAAGACGCUGAUAAGGCGGAAACGAAACGAAGGGCAAAACAGAAAACCAAGAUGUCUAUUGAUGAGAAAGAUUCUGACGUUAUUGUUCAUGGAUAUAUAAAGAAACUUGGAGGACCUUUCACUUCAGCUUGGCAAACAAGAUAUGGAAAAUUGUAUCCUUCACGUUUAGAAUUAUACCCUGAAUCCUUGAGUGGAAAGCCAGAGUUAAUAUUCAUGGAUCAAAUUGAGGAUGUCUGUGUUGAGCUUCAGAGUGUUAAAGACCAGAAUGCUAUUGUAGUGAAAUUACGUGAUGGAUUCAAGGAACCGCGGAUUAGCCUAACAAAUAACGAUGAUAUAUCGUUAAAGGAAUGGCACACGUCUUUAAGAACCGCCCAUCGUGUUAGUUGUGAAUUGCUUCAACGGAUGGGCAGAAAGGCUAUAAAGAUAUACGGUGUAAACCACGAUCCUAUGCAAUAUGAUGCGGAAAGACCAAACUCAGUUACAAGAGCAUACAUGAAUCGGACGUCAAGUGUCGAUUCUGGAGUUUAA